AUGCCCUCCCUCACGCAAACAGCUCUCUGGCUCUUCGUCUUCGCCUGGCACACGGCGAUCGCUGUCGCAGCCAGGGUUCCGGCGAACGUCUCUGUUGGCUUGCAUGACACGCGGCUCGCGUUUACGGGGACGUGGACUGUAAAGGAUGGGUUGGCGACAAGUCUAGACCAAAAUGCGAAAGUUGUGUUAAGCUUUCAUGGAAUCGCGGCGUACAUAUCAUUCCCCAAGGGCUUCCACAGUAAGCUCGCCAUACAGGUCGGGCUCGACGACAAGCCCCUGGUAUCCGUGGUCGGAGAAGCUCAACUCGCAUGGGGUCGACUAGAAGAGGGUAACCACACUGUGGUGCUCAGCAGACUGCUCGACGGCGACAACAACAGUAUCAUGGCGCUGGGGUCUUUUCUCAUCACAACACUCAUCAACCCCCCUCCACCCGCAGUACACGCGGCCUACUACGAUUCCUCCCUUCCCUCGUCUGCCUCCCCUUCACCCUCACCCUCUCCUGCCACUGCAGCACCCAUCAACAUCCUCCCCAUCCUCACCAAAUGCAUCGCUGGCGCAUUCGUGCUCGCUGGUUGCACCUUGCUGUGCUACUGGGUGAACACACGCAAGUUGCGUGCGCGGGCGAAGGAGCGGGCCGAGGUGGGCCGGCGUCGCCAGGCCGAGCGCGCGGCGGUCCGGGAGAUCCGCGGCAUGAUGCUGGCCGCAGCCGCGGGCAUGCCCGUUGUCGAGACAGUUCCAGCGGGGCGGCGCGGAUCGGACGGGUCGGAGGUGACCGUUAUCGAGCCUGCGGUGCUCUCGGAGCCGAAAAACCCGGUCGAGCGGUCGGUUCCGACAAAGCCAGCACCGGCGAUGAAGCGGGCGGGCAGUAUCACGCCGCCGAAGCGAGUGCGGUGGGCCUGGGAGGGCCCGGAUUCCAUUAGCGACGAAGAAGAGGGCGACGUUGUCGUUGUGCAGCGCGUGCAACCACCCGCGCCGGUGCUACUGGGCCCCGUUCCGGAUGAAAGGGUUGUCUGA